AUAACAGAAGCUUCAAGAACGGUAUUGUGUAAAAGAAAAUAAGUAUAAGGUGAAAUAAUUUAUAUAAUAUGGAUCGAAAUAAAAUGGGUACCUGGUUAUUAUCAACAUUUCUUAUGACAUUUUUGUUAAGUGAAGUCCAAGCAGACGUGGCUAUUUCAAUGCCAAACACCAAUGAUAUCACAUCAAUAACGAAAUUUACUUCAUACAUCCAAUAUAUCAUGGAUAAUACUUACAAGCUGGAUGACUCAUGGCAAAGUUCUUCAACUAGAAAUUUUGAUUUAUCUAAAAUAUACAGUGAUAUGAGGAACUUAUUAUUUAAAUCAGAAGCAAUAAUAGAAAAGCCAUUUGAUGAUUAUUUACAAAUAUUUUUGGAAAAAUUCACCAAAUACCAUUUAGACAACAGCUCAUUAAUUGAAACUACUUCCAAUGCUCUUCAUAAAUUAAAAUACAGAUUUCAAGUUGUUAAUAAUUUUAUAAAAGGUCUCUUAAAUACGUAUGGUAAAUUAAAUAAUGUUACUUACUGGUGUACAUUUGCCAAUAAUGCUUGGCAAUUUUUGUCACAAUUAUUACCAGUUUCUCUAAAUGAUUUAUUUUUCGAUAUUACUUCAUCCAUUGCUGAUCAAUUACAGGAAUAUAAUUCACAAAAACACAUUUGCAAUUCGCAAAUAUCUCUUCAACGAGAAGUGUAUUUAUUUAUUAAAAUAUUAAUGGAAAAGCAUGUACAAGAAUAUAUUUUGUCUACCUAUACAUGGGCUUUAAAAUAUAAAUGUUCAGACUCAAACAUUAAGCAAAUAUUGUGGAAAAAUAUAAAUACAAAAAUUAAACGGAAAUUUCUAAAAGAUUUUCAAAAAUGUAUAGAAACAAGUAGUAAUAUUUUAAAUAAGCUACCACGAGAUAUCUAUCAGUGUCAAUUCAAAGAAUAUGUAAGAGAUUUUACAUAUUUAGAGCUCGAAAGAAUGCAACAAAUGUUUAUUGCUAAUGAAUAUGAUUUAAAUAAAGAUGACACAUGUAGUUACAAUUGCAAAUUUCCUAAUAAGUCUCUUGUUUCCAAUUACCAAAAUGAUGAUACUCAAUGUGAAGAAAUCCUAGAUUGUAAAAUUCUUUCCUCGAAAUUAGAAGUCUGUGCACUGCAUCAUCAACCUAGACGUUUAGAAUGGUUCCAAGAUGGAGAAGGAAUAUACGGAAGUAAUAACAUUUCAGUAUGUUCUGGAGAAAAGAAAAAAUUGCACACCUCAUCAUGGUUUUUCUAUAAGUGUGAUUAUUGCAUAUGUACCUGUAAAGGACAAAAAUCUUCAAAGGAUAACAAUUUAAUCACUAAUACAAUUAGCUUUAGGGAUCAAACAUCUGAUAUCAACAAUAAUAUGGUCGUGGUAGGUAUGAAAUUUGUACAUCAAAAUAAUAUGAUUCACGUACAAAUUAAGGAAGGCAAAAUACUACCCCGAGGAAAAAUAGAUAAGCGUACACUAGCUUGGAAAGCUGUGGAAAAUAUUAUGUAUGAUAAUCAAGGGAAUGAACCCAUGAUACUUCAGGAUAAUAAUCUUAAUACUUCGUUAAUUAAUGGCACCGACUAUGGUUAUCUAAGUAGUAUUGACUUGAACGAUAUAAUUGCACCAAAGAAUUAUCUAGUGACAGGAGUUCGAUUCAAGUAUGUACCUAAUUGGCACACAAUACAAGAAAAUGCUAGUGAUAAGCCAGUUGAAUUACAAAUUCAAGUAACACCUUACGAUUAUUAUUAUGGUAUAUUAUCACAUUUGGAACAAACACGUUGGAUUUCUCCAUCUGAAUUGAUGGAGAAUAAUAUUGAUGGAAAAUCACAACUAAUUUCAAAAAAACCUAUCACUCGGCAAGAAUUGGUACUUGAUGAACCUGAUAUUCCAAUAAAGUCUUUAAACAAUGAAUUAGAUUCUGAACACUAUCAGUUUAUUAAAUUUAGAGCCUCAGAUAUGAAAAAAGAUGCUGGUCAAUCGACAGUUCCCUUUUUUGAUGGACAACCAGUAGAAGGAAAACCAGCAUGUCCACUUUCUGGAGUUGGAGUAUUUCACAAAGGAAUGAAAGGAUAUGGAGGAUUUAUCUCUUUAAGAAUUCAUGAUAUAAAUUUAUCUGAUUACAUGAAUUAUAGUUCAAAUAACAUCAAAAAUUAAACAAUAUUUCUACUUUUUUAUGUCUUGUAUUGCAAACAUUCGGUCAGAUGUAUUACGAAUUUCAUGCUUGGUGUUAUAAUUAAUCGAAUUUCUUGUUCACAUUUAUUGAUUGAAUAAUAGAAAUUUUAUGAAAUUGUGAAUUAUAAGUAAAUGAUUAUUUAAACAUGUUCGGAUACACCAAAGGUACUGGGUAUGAUUUUUACUAGCAGAAGCAAUAUAUAUGAUAAAAUUGAUGAA